CCGCGAUCGCGCCUCGCCCACGCGCCCACGCCACACACGACCUCUCCAGCUUCGUUGGAACACCGAAGCGGGCUCCCCCUGCGUCAGGUGAAGCUAAGCUUGGAGUUGGAUCGGGAGCAGGAUGCCGUCGGUUUCGAGGGCCGUGUGCGUGCAGAGGGCGAGCGGGAACGGCCGGAGGAGCAGAGAUGCGACCGCCGCCGCCGCUGCGGGCCGCCGAUCGGUGGCGGCGCAGAGAGCGCGGCACGCCAUCCGCUCAGGGCCCGGCCGCUCGGCGCGGGGCGGGCAUUGCUCGCCUCUCGGGGCGGUGGCGGCGCCGGUGCCCACCACCACGAAAAAGAGGGUGUUCCACUUCGGCAAGGGCAAGAGCGAGGGCAACAAGGCCAUGAAGGACCUGCUGGGAGGGAAGGGGGCGAACUUGGCGGAGAUGGCGAGCAUCGGGCUGUCGGUGCCGCCGGGGUUCACGGUGUCGACGGAGGCGUGCCAGCAGUACCAGGCGGCGGGGAAGAAGCUCCCGCCGGGGCUGUGGGAGGAGAUCCUCGAGGGGCUCCAGUGGGUGGAGGAGUACAUGGCCGCCCGUCUCGGCGACCCCGCCCGCCCGCUCCUCCUCUCCGUCCGCUCCGGCGCCGCCGUGUCGAUGCCGGGGAUGAUGGACACGGUGCUGAACCUGGGGCUGAACGACGAGGUGGCGGCCGGGCUGGCGGCCAAGAGCGGCGACCGCUUCGCCUACGACUCCUUCCGCCGUUUCCUCGACAUGUUCGGCAACGUGGUCAUGGACAUUCCUCAUGCACUGUUCGAAGAGAAGCUCGAAGCCAUGAAGGCAGCCAAGGGACUGCACAACGACACUGACCUGAGUGCCAGUGACCUCAAAGAACUAGUGGGGCAGUACAAGAAUGUCUACGUUGAAGCCAAAGGAGAGCCAUUUCCCUCUGAUCCCAAGAAGCAGCUGCAGCUGGCAGUGUUAGCUGUGUUCAACUCAUGGGACAGCCCAAGAGCAAUCAAGUAUAGAAGCAUUAACAAGAUCACUGGGCUGAAGGGCACUGCUGUAAACGUGCAGAGCAUGGUGUUUGGGAACAUGGGGAACACCUCCGGCACUGGUGUUCUCUUCACUAGGAACCCAAGCACUGGAGAGAAGAAGCUCUACGGCGAAUUCCUUGUGAAUGCUCAGGGUGAGGAUGUGGUUGCUGGCAUCAGAACUCCUGAGGAUCUUGAUGCUAUGAGGGACCACAUGCCGCAGCCUUAUGAGGAGCUUGUUGAGAACUGCAAGAUUUUGGAGAGUCACUAUAAAGAAAUGAUGGAUAUUGAAUUUACUGUUCAGGAAAAUAGGCUUUGGAUGCUGCAAUGCAGAACAGGAAAGCGUACAGGCAAAGGUGCUGUAAAGAUUGCUGUAGACAUGGUCAAUGAGGGCCUUGUUGAGCGCCGUACAGCACUUAAGAUGGUAGAACCAGGUCACCUGGAUCAGCUUCUUCAUCCUCAGUUUGAGAACCCAUCAGGGUAUAAAGACAAAGUCAUUGCCACUGGCUUACCAGCAUCACCUGGGGCUGCUGUGGGCCAAAUUGUAUUCACCGCCGAGGAUGCUGAAGCAUGGCAUGCCCAAGGGAAAGAUGCUAUUCUGGUGAGGACAGAGACCAGCCCAGAGGAUGUUGGUGGCAUGCAUGCAGCUGUUGGAAUUCUUACAGCAAGAGGUGGUAUGACCUCUCACGCCGCUGUUGUAGCGCGGGGAUGGGGCAAAUGUUGUGUGUCAGGUUGCUCAAGUGUUCGUGUAAAUGAUGCAGCAAAGAUUGUAGUGAUUGAAGACAAGGAGCUUCAUGAAGGUGAAUGGCUGUCAUUGAAUGGAUCAACUGGUGAAGUGAUCCUUGGCAAGCAGCCACUUUGCCCACCAGCCCUUAGUGGUGAUUUGGAAACUUUCAUGUCCUGGGUGGAUGAAGUUAGGAAACUCAAGGUUAUGGCCAACGCUGAUACCCCUGAGGAUGCAUCAACAGCCAGAAUGAAUGGGGCAGAAGGAAUCGGGCUAUGCCGGACUGAACACAUGUUCUUCGCUUCAGACGAGAGGAUUAAGGCUGUCAGGCAGAUGAUUAUGGCUUCAACUAUUGAACUAAGGCAAAAAGCACUAGAUCGCCUUCUGCCUUAUCAGAGGUCUGACUUUGAAGGCAUCUUCCGUGCAAUGGAUGGGCUUCCGGUGACCAUUAGACUCUUGGACCCUCCACUUCAUGAGUUUCUUCCAGAAGGUCAUGUUGAGGAUAUGGUGCGUGAGCUAUGUUCUGAGACUGGAGCAGCUCAGGAUGAUGUCCUUGCAAGAGUAGAAAAGCUCUCAGAAGUAAAUCCAAUGCUUGGUUUCCGUGGGUGCAGGCUCGGUAUAUCGUACCCUGAACUAACAGAAAUGCAAGCCCGUGCCAUCUUUGAAGCUGCUAUAACCAUGACCAACCAGGGUAUUAAAGUUUUUCCGGAGAUCAUGGUUCCCCUUGUUGGUACACCUCAGGAAUUGGGGCAUCAAGUGGAUGUUAUCCGUCAAAUUGCUAAUAAAGUGUUUGCGGACAUGGGAAGAACCAUUGGGUACAAAGUUGGAACUAUGAUUGAAAUUCCCCGGGCAGCUCUAGUGGCAGACGAGAUAGCAGAGCAGGCUGAGUUCUUCUCCUUUGGAACAAACGACCUCACACAGAUGACAUUUGGUUACAGCAGGGAUGAUGUGGGAAAGUUCCUUCCCAUCUAUCUGGCUCAGGGUAUCCUCCAGCAUGACCCUUUUGAGGUGCUUGAUCAAAGAGGAGUGGGGGAGCUGGUUAAGGUGGCUACAGAGAGGGGCCGCAAAGCUAGGCCUAACUUGAAGGUGGGCAUCUGUGGUGAACAUGGUGGAGAGCCUUCCUCAGUUGCUUUCUUUGCAAAGGCCGGGCUGGACUAUGUUUCUUGUUCUCCUUUCAGGGUCCCAAUUGCUAGGCUAGCUGCAGCUCAGGUGCUCCUCUGAGGGCAGGGCGCCUCCCUCCUCUUUACCGGCAACCAGAUCGCUUGCUGUUGGUGCACCUGGUGAAGAAUAAUAAUACAUAGCCAUGGAAUAUUGGAAUGUUGGAAACUCUGCUGCCUGACAAAGGCCUUUGUAUGUAGUCUGCGUGUGCGCAUUUAAGCCUAUGUUUGUGGUGGUUUCUGAACUUCGCUCGAACUGCCAUGGUAAUGUACCAAACAGCGAUGACGACGAAGAAUCAAAAUAAAGGUGGCGAUUACCUGUAAUCCAA